UGGGGUCAGACAAUCAGUUGUGCUCUGACCUCCUCACACUCACAUAAACCCACCUGCAGUACUCUGUGUCUGGUAUAAGUGUCCACGUCUGGGAGGACGGUGUAGGUGUGGUGGUGUUCUGCUGCCACGUCUGUGGUCGGCAACAUGGUACGAACGUUAUACACUAAUUUCUUCUUGUGGGUAAUAACCAAGGUGUUGGCACAAGUACAGCAACCCCAUUAUGCGUGUCCAGUCUCGUCUUGGUGCAUACCUACACUCUACUGUGAACCUCGCCAGAUAGUUUUUAGUAUUACACCAAAACCACUGACCACUCUGUACCAUCCUCUCCAGUCUCGGACACCAACUACAUCACAGACGACAAAUUUAAGUAUUUGUGCGGGUUGACGUUGGAUAGUGAAGGGACAGUGUGUUGUCGUAACCUCACAUUGCUGCCAGAAACAUUUAACCCCACGCCAACCCACUGGUUUUAUCUAUCUAAUUCUAGUGUAGACCGUCUACACGUGUUGGUGACACCGUGGCCUGGAUAUGAAGAUAAUAAUGUCAUACUUGACAUGGGUCCCAAGCAGCCUGCCUACUGUCCUCCCUCCAGCCUGUGUGCUCCUGCUAGUGUGUGCCCGUCUACCAGCAUCACCUACACUGCUGCUAUCUUCUCAAAAGCUUCAGAUAAAAAUUACAUGUGUGGUCAGACUUGGGAUACAGACACGUGGUCCUGCUGUUCCCUACACACAGUAGUGGACGCCAUCACAUCUUACCAACACCUCCAGCAAGCCUCGGCUCGCGCGCCUCAACAUGAUCAAGAUGCGAUAAUUAACAUCAACUUCGACCACCAAAUACAAAACAAAGCCUCGGGUGUUGAGGUCUUCAGACACAGGCUGACCAACACUCUACCUGACCACAACACAAACUCCAUCGUAAUUCCUCUCCUACCAGACUAUUUUGAUGAUGAACAUGCACGGGAAUUAUCCGAUCAGUAUAUCUUAACUGCUAAAUACACUGUUACAGAUAGACAAAAGAGAAGUAUAAAUGCUGACGAAAGUGAUGCUGCAGGUGUUGGUAGUUACGCAGCCUCUGCUCUCUCCGCUAAUGGCACGACGUUUACGGUGACUCCAGGUAUUAGCCUGAGCUCUCUGCUUCGUUCUGCUGACGGUACUCCAGCAUCACCUGUGCAACUAGGAUGUGGGAGAUCAUUACCAGCAUCCCAGCAUACUGGUAGAGCUUUAGGCAGUGAUGCUGCAUCUGCUAAAGAGGGUCAAUACCCCUGGCAUGUUGCUAUCGUGACUCCUAAGCUGUCUUACUUGUGUGGUGGCGUGAUAGUAGCUGACAGACAUGUCCUCACUGUCGCCCACUGUGUUAAACAUCUGACUGCUAAAGAUACCAUUGUCCGCCUUGGUGAUUACGACCUGUCGACGGACGCAGAGAGCAACCCUUCCUACGACGUCGCUGUUAGGAAGAUUACUUGCCAUCCAGACUACGUACGUAAGACUUUGACAGCUGACCUGUGUGUACUAGAAGUGGAGUAUUCAAUGUUGCAGUUGUCUCACGUUGCAAGAGUAUGUCUGCCAGGGCAGGUACCUCACUCUGAUAAACAGGAAUGCUACGUCCCUUCCUGGGGUUAUGUCCAACCUGAUAAGAGUGGAGUAGAGCACUUCAACACCUACACCAGCGUUUUAAAGGACGCCAGAUACGUCAUCAUAGACGAAUCUACAUGCCAAAGACAGUUCAGAACUGUGAAAAGCCUUGGCUCUUUCUUUAAGCUAUUACCCGGGUUUCUCUGCUGCAAAGGUAUCCUUCAAACCGAUACAUGUCACGGUGAUGGUGGCAGCGGACUGGUCUGCCGGACGUCAACGGGAGAUUACGUAUUACAAGGUUUAGUGUCGUGGAGUGUGGGUUGUGCUCAUGGGCUACCCACCGCCUUCGUCGACGUGAAUUACUACUUACCAUUUAUCUUGAAUUCUUUGGCCACUUCUACGUAUUCAUCCGUGGGUUCUCAGCAUCUUGGUACACAGACAGUGAGUCAAAAUACUGGGUACGCUUACGUUGAUCCUUACCUGACUGGCGUAGCCAAGGAAGGCGUGCAGGAAAACACGCAGACGCUCUUCCGUCCGCCUACUUCGUCUGGACAGCCGCCGCUGGCCGUCCGCAAGGAACAGACUAUCACGUCUCCGCCGACCUCUGUCUACAAGGAAGACUCCCACACACCCUCUCCACCUGUGUACAAGAAGGAAGAUUCCUACGCUCCCCCUGUGUACAAGGAAGAUUCUUACGCACCCCCUCCCCCUGUGUACAAGGAAGAUUCCUACGCUCCCCCUGUGUACAAGAAGGAAGAUUCCUACGCUCCCCCUGUGUACAAGGAAGAUUCUUACGCACCCCCUCCCCCUGUGUACAAGGAAGAUUCCUACGCUCUCCCUGUGUACAAGGAAGAUUCUUACGCACCCCCUCCCCUGUGUACAAGGAAGAUUCUACGCACCCCUCCCCCUGUGUACAAGGAAGAUUCCUACGCUCCCCCUGUGUACAAGAAGAAGAUUCCUAGCUCCCCUGUGUACAAGGAAGAUUCUUACGCACCCCUCCCCGUGUACAAGAAGGAAGAUUCCUACGCUCUCCCUGUGUACAAGGAAGAAUCCUAUGCUCCCCCUGUGUACAAGGAAGAUUCCUACGCUCCCCCCGUGUACAAGAAGGAUAGCUCCCCUAUCAGAACACCGCCUCCCCCUGUGUACAAGGAACAUGCCCAAGCUCCCCCUGUGUACAAGGAAGAUUCCUACGCUCCCCCUGUGUACAAGGAAGAUUCCUACGCUCCCCCCGUAUACAAGGAACAUGCCCAAGCUCCCCCUGUGUACAAGGAACAUGCCCAAGCUCCCCCUGUGUACAAGGAACAUGCCCAAGCUCCCCCUGUGUACAAGGAACAUGCCCAAGCUCCCCCUGUGUACAAGGAACAUGCCCAAGCUCCCCCUGUGUACAAGGAACAUGCCCAAGCUCCCCCUGUGUACAAGGAAGAGAGCUACAAAACUAGCUAUAAGCCACCUGGCUAUCGGAGGGAAGACUACUACUUAACACCAGUCUAUACUGGAGAUAGCUAUGGACCACCUAGCUACAAGGAAGAUGCUUAUGGACCUCUUGGCUAUAAGGAUGAUAGCUAUGCCUCUCCAAGUUAUGAUUUAGACGGCUAUGGACCAUUGAAUUACAAGGAAGAUAGCUAUGGAAAACUAGGCUUGAAGGAAGACUAUGGAAGAUUAGGCUUAAAAGGAGAGUACUAUGGAGAGUCUAGCUAUGAUAAGGGCUAUGGAAAAUUAAGCCUAGAAGAGAGAUUCGACAAAUAUCCUUUAAAGGAAGGAGUCUAUGAACCCUCUGGAUAUAGAGAAGACAAAUAUGUAUUAUCUGGCUAUAAACCACCUAGCUAUAAGGAAGAUAAAUAUGAAUUCUCUGGGUACAGGAAGGAUGACAAUAAAAUAUCUGGCGACAGGAAAGAUUUCUUAAGUUUUCUAUAUUCUGGAAAGGAUUAUCAAGCAAAUUAUGGUACAGAUGAUGAAUAUAGUAACUCCAAUGAAGGUGGACGGUAUUACGUAGACAGGGAAGAUUACCAUACCGACAAGGCUUAUAAAACAAGCUACGGUAUUUCAGGCUACGACAGGAGGCUAGGCUAUGGAAGUUACGAGGAUGAUUACUCUGAACCACAACACGAUAAAUAUGGACAUGAUGCUGACUACGGUAGUUACGAUAGAUCAGACUCUUACACACACUACGAUAAUAGACCUAAGUUUGUGAAGGAGGGAAGUGUUGUGGGAUAUCUGAGGAAGCAUGUUAAGCCCAAACUUAAGGAAUAAUUAGCAAUGUAAGACCAUAGUUAUUUAAUAAACAAAAAUUAUUUUUG